AGAAAGAGAGAGAGAGAGAUAGACAUACAAAGAAAGAGAUAGAGAUACAGAGAUAGCAAGACAGAGAAAGAGAGAAAGAGAGAAAGAAAGAGAGGGAACGAGAAAGAAGAAGAUAGACAACUCAAGUCACAGAGCUCAAUAGACUCCUCUGACAAACAAACAAAAACGGCAGGAAACUGUGCCGUCAUAAAGAAGCCUGGUCCAAGUCCCAGGAGCCUGUUACGUCACGAUGCCUAAAACAAGCUCCGGGAAAAUCCAGAGCCAGGGCUGGACUCAGUCUGGAGACAGGAUGAGUCUGAAGCACAAGCUGCUGAUAUGUGUCGUGUUCUAUGGCGCAGAGAUGGCGGCAACCUUCGAUCAUAUCUACAUUUUGCUGAGCUUACAAUACAUGGGUGUUCCGGUUUACCUGCUUUCUGUUUCGGCAACAACUUCCGGAUUGUCUGCCCUUACUGUUGUCCCAAUUAUUGGACACCUGGUGGACAGCGGGAAAAAUCCGAAAAGGCGUAAGCUGGUGGCCUAUGCAUGCUCCCUGGUCCUGUUCCUAACCGCCUACCUGCUUGUGGCCACCGCCGGCCUGGUCAAGCUACAGAUGAUGUCACAAUGGUCACCCGAUGACAACGGCUCCCAGCCCCAGCCUCGCCCCUCUCUCAGCCUCCAGCAGACGUCAACUGUCUCUACUACACUUGUCAUAGAGGGAAACUACACCGGAACUUGGUCACAGGGGUCAGACAGUGGUCAGCUGGCGGGGCGGAAGGCGGGUGUCCCUGUUUACGUGGAUGGUGUGGGGAACAUUUCGAGCAGCGUCUUCCUCGAACAAGGCUCUUUCUCUAACAACUACACCAGAGGUCAAAUCCGGGACUGGACCACGGGUGCAGUCGGAGUGGAGAACAUUACGUCAUGGCUGGGUCCCAACUCCUCCUCUUUCCCAUCCCCGUCCCCCUCCUCCUCCUCCUCCUCCUCCUCCUCCCUCCCCAGCACAGCUUUCCUCGCCAUGAUCGGAUUCGCCCUGAUAGAGACAGCCUUUGACACCGGCUGCCCAGUGCUGAGAGCCUACCUCCUCGCUAACACGGACUCGGAAUCGCACUCCCACCUUCUCAUCAUCGCCACCCUUAUGGCGGCGGCAGGGGGCACGACUGUCUCGUGUCUAGGGGCGCUCGAUAUCUCGGCGUAUCUCGGAUCGCUAUUCUCCCUGGACUCGACGGAAGCGACACUGCUGGUGUUUUGUGUGGCUCUCAGCACUAUCUGCACGCUCGGGUAUUUGUGCACGUUUCUCACAGCUCAAUACCUCAAUUCAAAGACUCGGGAUUCGCCGACAGGACCGAAUUUAGAAGGUCGCUUCUCAGACAGCCCUGAGCCACACACAGACAUAGGCGUUACGGGAGAGAAGGAAUAUGAUCCAAAGUUAAGUCUCCUCCUGGCUGAAGCAGACACUAAUAGUUCCCCACCCUCCGAGGAUUGUGACGACAAGACGUUACUGAUCGCAACACAGAGGAAACCCACCUCUUACGUUUCUAUCGGAAACGGACAUUCUAUUGGAAACGGAGUUUCAACCCUGGAAUCCCUCCCACAAACCAUAGACACUGAAAAGUGCAUGAAUUCACCAAAACGGUGUACCACAACUCCCUCAAAUGGGCACUGCGCACGUGCUGAAUAUCUUCUAAAUGACUCACAAGAAAACUCUGCACAUACAGACAAAGAACGACAAAUAUCCCCACAUGCUGCAAGUUGCGAUACCAACUCUCCCUCUCGGGGUACUUACAGUUUCUGCAGUAAACGUCUUGUCAUCCUGUUCGUGUCUUGUUUUUUCACGUACACCGCCAACCUAACCUUCGUGGUCUACAACCCUAACGCUCUCACUGUCGGUGUGUUCGGCGGCGACCCGGGUUCCAAUCCCGGCACGGACGCUUACCACAAUUACCUGAAAGGCCAGAGGAGGUCGGCCAUGGGCAGUUUUGUCAUGUAUCUGGGUUAUCUGUCCUUUUCUGCACUCAAUCGAAAACUCCUGCAGAUCAUGGGUGAGCGCGCGUUCUUUCUCGCGACACACGCUGCCAUGGUUGUCGCGAAUUUCAUCUUCAUGUACUGUCAGAACGAGGUGUCCUACUUCGUUGCCAUGGUUACAUUCGGCGCUUUCCGCACCUGUGUGUUUACCCUGCCCUACAUACUGGCCAACAGAUACGUGCAUGAAGAGGUGUGCCAAACAUCAGGCAAUGGACCACCUUCGGACAAGUCAAGCCACGCCGGCCGCGCCAUGUCUCUGAUGGGUACCUUGUUACCCCUGUCCAGCAUCACAGUCACCAGCCUGAUGGGCCCGCUCAUGCACCAGACAGGCAGUGUGUGGGUCCCCAUCAUAACCAGCUGCGGCGCCUGCUCUCUCUCCAUGCUCUUCUUCUCCUUGCUACUGUGCCUCUAGCCAGAGAUGGACGUUAAACUAGGAGGUCCCGCCUCUUAAUUAACCUAAUAGUGCUGACAGAGGCGUUAAACCCAUACCAAAGCCUCUAGCCAUAUGUGUAGCCAUUCGUGUAGCUACUGGUGUAGCCAUGCAGAUGUUCAUGUGAGUAGCAAGUCUAGGAACAAUGUAUGGAGUCAUGCAGAGCUAUUUAUUUUGUAGCAAGUCGGGUUAAGUUACCUUGUGUGCAGGCAUUCAGAUAGUCAUUGUGUUUAGCAAGUCGAGAAGCUAUGACUGUGUGCAGCCAUGUAGGUAGCUAUUUUUGGUAGCAUUUCGAGAUAUAUAGCCAUGUUUGUAGGCAUGCAGAAAUCAGUUUGAUCUGUGAAGCUAUGAAGAUAGCCGUUUUUGUGUUGCAAAUCGAGUAAACAUGAGUAUAGCCAUGCAGAUGGGUCCACUCGAUCUCAAUGCGUCGUCGACUUUGCUUGAAGUACUCGUACGUUCCUCGAUCUCAGCGCGUUGGGGAGGCAUCCAUUGUUAAAGCAAAAAAUGGAUGAGUUGCUGGGAGGUAUCAAAUUCAUUAGUGAUCAUAAAAGUUCAAAGCACAAGGGAAAAUAUUCGGAAAUAUAGCUUAAUUUUAGGCAAAUAUCUAACAAUUUGUUAUGAUUCAACUUUUCCUUAUAAAAUACAUUUUAAUGUUCGAUACCAUUUGCUGAUGCACAUGAAAUAAACUUUUAAAAAAUCGCCAACACAAUGAGGUCAAGCUGCGUGGCUGCGGAAAUCAGAUAUAACCGCUGUUAGAUCGAGUGCAGAGAACAGAUGCAUAUAUAGCCGUGAGUGUAGCAAGUCGAGAUACCAUGUAUGUACCAUGCUUUUAUCAUCCUUGCUCUUCUGUCUCUGGUCAUACGUGUAGCCAUGAGUGUAGUUAUCUGUGAAGCCAAGUGUGUAGCCGUCUCUAUGUCGCAGGCCAUGUGUGUAUAGUCUUGUGUGUGGCCAAAUCGCUACCCUAGAAUAAUAAAGUUCUGGUUUAAAAGAAAUUUGACCUUAAGAAUUUGGAGUUUCUUAACAUGUCAAGCUUUAUGGAAUGCAAUUCUUUGAAUAUCUUGAUAACGAUUCCGAACAUUCUUACUAUUUGAUAGAAGAGAUGCAAUGUUAAGUUUCUGUACACAUCACCUUAGUAACUGGAAAAAAAUGCCAGAUAGAACUUUGUAAUUCUAAGGAAGCGAUGUGUGAGUGUAGCCUUGUCUAUAGUCCUGCAGGUUACCAAGUGGUAGCUUUGUGUACAGUCAUGUAAAUAGCCAAGAGUACGACCACGUACGGCUCAUGUGUAGCCCUGUGAGUAGCCAUGUUGUCAGCUUUGUAACCUUGCACGCAGCUAUGCUUAAUGCUUAUCUUCUCUCUACUCUUGUCACUGGCCAUGUAUAUAACCUGUAUGCUUAUUGUAACGUAUGAUGAUUUGACACAACCCACCCUUUCACUGCUUGAUGAUGAUUUGUUGUUGUUUUCUUCCAAAAAUAAAGUUUUCAUUUGUUUUCUCUU